UCCAUGUAUUUAUCUCUAACUUUGGAAAAAGCCAAAAAGAAAUUCAUUUCAAUGGAAGCGGGAACUAUCUUCUACCCCACCAUUCCAUGGAACCUCAAACGCUCCUUCUCUCGCAAUACCUGUAAUUUCCCGCGCUUCAUCAGGGCUUCAGCAAAUUUACAAUCACAGAGAGGUUACAAAGGGCCAAAGCCGAGUAAAGACUGGGUAGCCGAUUGGGUAACGAACAACGACGACACCGUUCGGAGCCUGCCGAUUUAUGUUGGAGGAGUAUCUCUGUUGGCUGUGCUCUUUAACCGCACCGUUUCGGAUAUAGCUCCCGUGGCUGAUGCCAGUAGUUCGCAAUCCAGAGCGGAUUUAUUGACCAUUGCUUUGGCUGUGACCAAUAUAUUAACUGGUCUUGUAUGGUUGUCGAUCCGGCCAAAGUCCAUCACUGCAGUGAGUGCUCCACAUAUGCUUUCAAGUUUUCUCUUUAAGAUGCACAAGCACAUAGAGUCAGAUAGAGAGACAAUAUUAGAUGAGUUUUUUAGUAGCUUGGCGGUGGUAUUGGUGGUGGAGGAGUUGGAGUUGGAUUUGGGCCAAAAAGAAAUUCAUUUCAAUGGAAGCGGGAACUAUCUUCUACCCACCAUUCCAUGGAACCUCAAACCCUCCUCUCUCGCAAUACCUGUAAUUUCCCGCGCUUCAUCGGGCUUCAGCAAAUUUACAAUCACAGGGCCAAAGCCGAGUAAAGACUGGGUAGCCGAUUGGGUAACGAACAACGACGACACCGUUCGGAGCCUGCCGAUUUAUGUUGGAGGAGUAUCUCUGUUGGCUGUGCUCUUUAACCGCACCGUUUCGGAUAUAGCUCCCGUGGCUGAUGCCAGUAGUUCGCAAUCCAGAGCGGAUUUAUUGACCAUUGCUUUGGCUGUGACCAAUAUAUUAACUGGUCUUGUAUGGUUGUCGAUCCGGCCAAAGUCCAUCACUGCAGUAAAUCCUGAAGGUGUGGAAUGUCGGAUGAUAUCUUCUCAUCUUCCUGACUGUGUAGUAUCUGAGUUGUUAUGGGCAUGGGAAUCUCUCUCAGCUGUGACAUGCUGUAGGUCACUAGUUGUUGUUUAUGACUCCAUUUGUAUCCUUCAAAUUGGUGUGGCAGCUCAAUCUUCCAAUGAUGGUGAUGUGGUGACUGUGGAUGUUGGUAAAUUGAUGCAAGGAUCUGUCUAUCAAGGUGUUAUGAGAUCUGAAGCACAGAGUUACUUAGCCAACCUAUUUCUCUAUCCGGGUAGGUCUGAGUUACCAUUUCUGCCUUCAAAUACACAGGCAGUGAUCCUGCAGCCACUUGGAGACAAAGGACUUGCAAUAAUUGGUGGAGACACCAUUAGGGGUUUCACAACUUCUGACCAGUCUUGGAUUGCAUUUAUUGGAGAGAAGCUGGAUGCCACACUAGCAAAAUAUUCAAAUACAGUUCCUUUGGUGGUGGAAGAUGGCAUUUCAAAGUGAUUAGAACAAAUUUAAUCACAUAAUGGUGCUAAAAUUUGUUGUAGCCUUUUAUAAGGUACAUUUUUUCGCACUUUUAAUGCCUCCAACAAUAUGAAAUUAGUGCAGAUUCCAAUUUACGUUCUCCUUUCCUUCAGUCUAUGGGGUUCAAAGUCAUGAUUUGAAAGUAUCAUCACUACUGAUUACCUGACUAUUAUGCUUUGUG